UAGUAAACAAGCCACAGCCUUGUACCCUGCUUUGCAGUGCUCUGUUCUGGAUAGUGUAAAAGUAUUUCCCUUUACAGCAAUUUCUAGCUAAGAGUCCAAUGCUAAGGCCAGACUUUGAAUUUAAAAUGAAGGAUUUGCAAGUAUUGUUCCAAAAUGCAGAUUUUCUAUAUUUGAAUGGAAACAGGAAAUAGUAAUUAAAGGAUCAGACAGACUACUGUGGCUUUGGACAGAAAUCUGGGACCUUUAUUGCCAGCUUUGACCUAGUUUUUAUAAUACCACAAAAUACAUGCAAGCACCAGUCUAUGGCCAAUGCAUAUACAGAUAUUGGUUAAAUGCAGCAACAUAUUGUGAAAAGUUACUUUGAAUCUUCAUAACAAAGCAAAUCUGGUUUCCCUUUGUUUCCAACAAAUUCAAUAGAGUUGUAUUAAAGACAAAGAUGGCCCCCACCAUUUUGACAUGCAAGACAUCUGUGGACAAUAACUUAGAUACAAUUCCAUGUAGGGUGGAGCUGCUCAGUUAAGAGAAACAAUGCACAAUGUGGUUCUCUUGAUUGACGUGUGCAAACAGUGUAUUUGGUAACUGGAGGGACAAGGACAGUCGAUGACAUGAAUGCAAAGUAGGGACCAUAUAAAAGUCCCUGCUGCUCCGAGCCUUCAAACCACUUCAGUUCUCCUGGUUUUGCAUCUGCUGUUGGACCAAGCCCACCUCCAUCCCUGUGAUGGCUUUCUAUAGGCAGCCCUGUGACAACAGCCGUCCCUUGCUGCCUUGCGAGGUGUCCUGCCCGCAGCCCUAUGCCGAUGCCUGCAGCCAGCCCUGCGUCACCUCCUGCGGGGACUCCCGUGCCAUCGUCUACCCUCCACCUGUGGUCAUCACCUUCCCAGGCCCCAUCCUCAGCUCCUGCCCUCAGGAGAGCAUUGUGGGCAGCUCGGCCCCGCUGAAGCUGGGCAGCUCCUUCAGCCAAGGGAGCUGCCUGGAAGCCCAGAGCCCCAUGGGGCCUGCUGCCUGCCCAGGUGGCCGCUACUCCUACUCCUGCUACACCCGUAGGGCAGUGUUCUGCCCUCCGAAGUCCAGCAUCACUCCACCACCUCCACCGCCCACCAAGACCUGGCAGGAACGGGAACAGGAUCAAAUCCGCGGCCUCUGAGCAAGCAGAGGGCAUAGCCAGGAGCUGGCUGCAUGCUCAGCCAUCUCAAGGAGCAAGCCGAGAUGCCAGCUCCCCUUUGCACGAGAUCUCUGCUCGUGAUCUCCUUGUGCUCUUCUUAAUACCUUUUUUCCUUUGCUAUCAUGUAAAUUUAACUCAAUCCCUCUGUGUUUUUCCCUGCAGUGUUGCAGUGCUCUGAUAAAUCCCGUUUGUCAUUCUCAAUAAAAU